GAACCAAAUAAGAGUAUGGAUAUGGGAAAUCAACAUCCUUCUAUCAGUAGACUUCAGGAAAUACAAAAAGAAGUCAAAAGUAUUGAACAGCAAGUGGUUGGCUUCAGUGGUCUCUCAGAUGACAAGAACUAUAAGAAGCUGGAAAGAAUUCUGACUAAACAACUUUUUGAAAUCGACUCUGUAGAUACUGAAGGAAAGGGGGAUAUUCAACAAGCCAGGAAAAGAGCUGCUCAAGAAACAGAGCGCCUUCUCAAAGAACUGGAGCAGAAUGCAAACCACCCACACCGGAUAGAGAUAGAUAAUAUUUUUAAGGAAGCUCAAGCACUUGUCAAGGAAGAAAUUGCUCCACUCUGUAGUGGAGAUAACAGGUUAACUGAUGAAUUUGAAGAAGCCAUCCAGGAUGUCAUACUGAGACUGACACAUGUAAAAACAGGAGGAAAAAUCUCAUUGCGGAAAGCAAGGUAUCACACAUUGACCAAAAUAUGUGCAGUUCAAGAGAUAAUUGAAGAUUUCAUGAAGAAACAACCUUCCUUGCCACUUUCUGAAGAUGUACAUCCUUCUGUCUCCAAAAUAAACUCUGUUAUGUGUGAAGUGAACAAAGCCCGAGGGACUCUUAUUGCUCUUUUAAUGGGAGUAAACAACAGUGAGACUUGCAAGCACUUGUCCUGUGUGCUCUCAGGGUUGAUUGCUGAUCUGGAUGCUUUAGAUGUCUGUGGACGUACAGAAAUAAGAAAUUAUAGGAAGGAAGUAGUGGAAGAUAUCAACAAAUUAUUGAAAUAUUUGGAUUUAGAAGAAGAAGCAGAUUCUACUUAUGCAUUUGACCUGGGACAGAAUCAAUCCAUUUUAAAAAUAGAAGAGAUCCUCAAGAAAAUGAGAGAUGUGAAGAAGGAACUUCUUCAAGCUCAAAAUCCUUCUGAUUUAUACCUGGGAUCAAAGACAGAAUUGCAAGGUUUAAUUGGACAGUUGGAUGAAGUGGACCUUGGGAAGAACCCAUGUAUCCGAGAAGCAAGAAGAAGAGCUGUAAUAGAAGUACAAACACUUAUCACUUAUAUUGACUUGAAGGAAGCUCUUGAGAAAAGAAAACAAGGAGUUGCUGAAGAACACCCAUCCCACAAAGCCGUCUGGAAUGUUCUCGGAAGCCUGUCCGAGAUCCAACGAGAAGUUCUUUCAUUUGACGGAAAUAGAACUGAUAAGAACUAUAUAAGGCUGGAGGAACUUCUCACCAAGCAGCUGCUAGCCCUAGAUGCUGUGGAUCCUCAAGGAGAAGAGAAGUCCAAAGCUGCCAGAAAACAAGCUGUGAAACUUGCACAAAAUAUUCUCAGCUAUCUCGACUUGAAAUCAGAUGAAUGGGAAUACUAAGAUACCAGAGGUCACACAUUUGAUAUUGCUUGUUUUGCACUUUAUGUAGAAUCCUAUAUAUUUAUAUAGAGCUCUUUCAGUCUACUAAGACAUAUAUGAUUUAAACAUGUAUAUUUCAAUACCAGUAUUUGUUUAUGACCCCUGACUUGAACAAAUUAUAUCUCUACCAUUUUUCAUGGUGCAAAAACAAAUAUAUUUGCAAUCCACUAGCAUUUCCAUU